AACUUACGUUUUACGUGAAUUAUGUUGUGUAUAUAUGUAUAUAUAGUAUAUACAUAUAUAGUCAUGAUGGAGAAAUGGCAUGUUUAUUAAUAAUUUCUUGCAAUAUUGUAUAAGAUCUGAAGACGAUUUGGAACCGGUACAUCUGCUAACGUACUCUCUCCAAACUUGUGUGUUUCCGAACCGAAGAUAGUGCUUUGAUUUUAAUUUGGACCCAACUGGAGCUGCUGUUCACAUCAUGAACAAGAAACUGGCUAAGAUAUAUACUUGAAAAUUCGGCUUCUCGUUUAAUUAGUCGCGAAAACUAAAAGACAAUCUUAUUGCAUUAUUUCAACUAUCGAAAUGGCUGCAUCUUUGUCAGCUUAUUGGGUAAAAUUUUUCAAAGGAGCUGGAUUUCCACAAGAUGUGGCCACUAAGCAUGCAGUUGUAUUCUCAAAUAAUCGUAUUAAACCAGAUAUGUUACCAGAUUUGGAUAAACCUAGUCUCAAAGAAAUGGGCAUCACAUUAAUGGGAGAUAUGAUUGCUAUUUUGAGAUAUGCCAAGAAAGUAGUCGAAGAAACAACAUGUGAGAGAUUUUUAGUUGAUUCAGAAGAUGCUCCAAUUUCAGCUGCAAAGGCUGUUUCUGCCAAACCUGUCGUAAAAAAAGUAGUCAAAGAAAUUGGAAAUAAGACAGUAGUUUCAACAGCUUCAAAGGUAGACUCUACAAAGAAAAUAGUUAAACCUUUGUCUACAAUGACGAAGAAGAUUGUGACUCUAAAGAAGCCAAUUUCUGCAUCUAAUACUACCAAUGCCGUUAAUCAAAAGCAGAUGCCUAUCAAGAGAAAAUUGGUAUCGGAAGAAGUAUAUGAAGGGAAUGUUGCAGAUAAUUGGAAUAUUGCAGAGAAAAAGAUAAAGGUAGCAAAUGAUAGCGAAGACGAUACUGUCGAAUAUACCGUUACUGUUCCAAAGAUAUCAAAUAUAAGACCAAAAGUACUUAAGAAACCCAUUGAGCAAAAACGAACGGUAUUUGAUAGAUUAGGCGACAGCUCUGUUACAAGCACGACCAAUUUAGCUGACACAUCACCUACUUUUAACAUUACUGGUAUUAGCAAGGAUGUGCUCAAGAGAUCAAUUAGUGUCUUUAAUCGUCUGGGUGACAUAGAUGAUAAGAAGGAUCAUGUGUCCACUGCAGGAAUACUUAAGAACGGAUCGAGUGUCAGCAGUUCACCGGGUAUACUAAAGAGUCGUACGUCGUCUUCUACACGCACAUCCAUUAUAACCAAUAGAGUUAUACCUAAAACUGUAGGUACUAUGCGUGCAGAUCAUGAAGCCAGCAAGAAAACUACGUUAAAUAACACGAAUCGUAUACUUAAGCUAAAGAAGAAUAUACCCAAUUCUAUCAGCAAACCAAGCAGUGAAAGAAUUAAUAAACCUUCCGUUACAUCUGGCAAAUUAGCUUCCGAACGACUUGUUUCCAUACCAGCCAAGGCACGUCUCGGCACAACCACUGCCAAACAAGUGACUUUCAGUAAAAUGCCCACAGUAACACAUAUUAAGAAACCCAAUGUUUUUAGUCGCCUAGGUAUUUAAGCUGGGUCCUUUUUUACUUCUCUAUAUUAUCAAUCACAAGUGAGCAGUGGUUUGCAAUCAAACGAUUAUUCGUAUACAGUUCGGUAAUUCAAGCCGGCUACAUUGAUCCUAGAGCUAACUAAACAAUUCAUUUUUAGUUUUUUUUAUUGUGAACGCAAUAUAUUGCUAACCCAGAAUUGCUUGCAAACUUAUUGCAAGAGUGUUAAUAUGAAUGACAGUGUGGCGUAAAUAUAAAAUAAAAGACAUUGAUUUAUAUAAUUAAGUGAUAUUCCUAUGAAUUGCUCGGUCAUAAUAAAAAAAACGCAAAUUGAAUAAAAUAAUCUAGUUUUUUGUGAUUGAGAUUUUCUAGAAGCUAUAACUUUUUAAAUUUAAAAAUUUUAAAUAAUUUAGUUUUAUAUAGAAAACAAAUGCAAUUGUAUAAUGUAAUACAUUAAACUUGCGUUAUUCUCAUAUACUACUUUAUAAUUAUUAUGUGAUUAUAUGAUUAUAAAGUAAUAAUGUGUAUAAUAUUUUUGUUUUACACACGCGUAAUCAUAUAAGUACUAAAUAGUGAAGAAGCAGUGUUUGCUAGAAAAAAAACAAUAAACUUUAGAGACAUACACAAUAAGUCAUAUGGAAAUUUGAUUAAACAUAUAUUUUUACAUUUUUUGACUCUACAAAUAAAUUUUUGGGCAACAUUU